GCUGCGUCUGCCGGAGUACCCGAGUGUUGCCCGAGUGAGGGGCAUCCAGUACAUCCGACCGCACAGGCAUACUACGACGGAGUCGCUGAUGUCCCCCCAAGUGCUCAAGGCAUGGUACCGACGUCUCCAUGUUUCAACUGGAUCGACGAUUCUGGAAGAGAUCAGCCCGAUGGUGCCAGUGGCAUUGAACCACUGACCCGAAUCCAGAAAGACCGUUUCCGGUGAGAUUUUCUUGAUUAUAGGUGGAGAAGUUCGGAUCGAUCGCGAACCUGAUGAUCGCCUACGUAGUAUCGCGUAACGAUCACGGACCAGUCCUCCUGAGGAUUGAACACGGAAUUGAUCCCCAUCCGCCAAAUCAGCCAAGGAUAUGUAAGGAUGCCCUUUGCAAAUGUGAUCCUGCGACUGAUUUAGGUGCCUAUGUUCUUUAAUACCCUAUACGUUACAGCGGGUUCAGGUCUGGGUCCAACAAGUAAACACCUCGUAACUAAUUUCUGCCACCUCAAGUUCGGAGUUGCCAAUGUGUU